GAUGAGUUGCAGUGGAAUUGUUUUGUUGUAGGAAAUGGAGCCUAGAAGAAUCCUCACGCAGAUCCUAUGUGUGUUCUUUCUUACAACUGGACGAAAUGAAGGAAAGCUUGAUGCAAAGUCGUGUUCAGGACGGCCUGCAUUGAAAUUAGACCAGGCAUGUCUUACGUUCCAUAACCAGCUACCAACCGGAGUUGAUGUCCUCUACACAUCUGAUUACUGCUACAAGUGUCUGUACCAGCCCCUGGUCAGUGUUCUAAAUGGUCCCCAGAAUGCAUCUGUCGUGGUCAGCACCGUCCUCACUCUGACACUGCAGUUACAACCAAUGGGCAGAAACACAACUCUCUGCAGUUGGAGUCAGUUGUAUGAAGAAGCUGCCCAUUACUCUGUCUGGAUCCAAGAGUCAGAAUAUCCCAUCAAUGUCAUUUGCUAUCAGACUGUGGAUGUCAGUCCAAGUAACAUCUAUUUCCCUCUGUUGGUGGCAGCUCUUCUAUUGGCACUUAUUAGUCUCCUAUGUGUCCUUGUUCCCUACCUGUACAGGAGGCGUUGUACGACGAAGCUCAUCAAGACCAUUUGUCACGGAGGACCACAACAUGCAAUGGAUGAUGAAACCCAAGGUUGUGGGGACGAGGUUAACACUGCCCAGCCAAAACCAACACGACUGCGCUCACUGGACACUUUCCGAGGACUUUCCCUGACAAUCAUGGUUUUUGUGAACUAUGGAGGUGGAGGGUACUGGAUAUUUGAACACGCGCCUUGGAAUGGUCUUACUGUGGCUGAUCUUGUGAUGCCUUGGUGGGUUUCACUGCAACGACUGUUUGUGUUCAUCAUUGGGACGUCUGUAGUAUUGGCCUUCACCUCCAUGCAGAAAAAGGGAGUUAGCCGUCGGCAGCUAAUACGCAAGCUAACAUGGAGAACUGUGGUCCUCAUCCUUAUCGGCUUUUGUUUCAUGAACUACUCUCCAAAGGAUGGAUUAUUAUCUUGGUCUUGGCUGAGAAUCCCUGGAGUCCUCCAGCGUCUGGGAUUCACCUACUUCAUACUGUCUCUGAUGCAGACUUUCUGUGGCAUGAGAGAGAUCCCACUGAGCAGGGAUCGCUGGUGGGACCCUGUCCAGGAUGUGGUCUUGUAUUGGCCAGAGUGGAUUAUCAUUAUUCUCCUGGAGACAUUAUGGCUGUGUCUCACCUUUCUAUUGCCUGUGCCUAACUGUCCCACAGGCUAUUUAGGGGCAGGUGGGAUUGGGGAUAAUGGCCUUUAUCCCAACUGUACUGGGGGAGCAGCUGGGUACAUUGACAAGUGGUUAUUGGGAGAUAACAUCUACCAUUGGCCAACAUGCAAGGCAAUGUAUCGUACUACCCAGCCCUUUGACCCAGAGGGGGUUCUGGGUACUAUCAACUCCAUUGUCAUGGGAUUCAUGGGGAUGCAAGCGGGAAAAAUUCUCAUUUUUUACAGGAAAAAGGAUGUCAACGUCCUCUCCCGAUUCCUAGUAUGGGCCAUCCUCCUGGGAAUCUCAGCAGCCAUCCUUUCUAAGUGCACGCGAGACGAAGGAUUUAUACCUGUCAAUAAAAACCUUUGGUCUCUGUCGUAUAUCACCUGUAUGGGCUGCUUCUCUUUCCUCCUGCUGGGAGUCAUGUAUUUCGUCAUGGACAUUAAGGGCUGGUGGGGCGGCCAACCCUUCAUUUACCCAGGGAUGAAUUCCAUCUUUGUGUACGUGGGCCACUCUCUCCUGGGGUCCUACUUCCCCUUCAGCUGGGAGAUGCGCUUUGUGGACAGCCACUGGGAGAAGCUGUUCCAGAGCCUGUGGGCCACCUCUCUCUGGGUCCUCAUCGCUUUCCUGCUAUACAGGAAGAAGUUCUUUCUCAAAAUCUAAUAACUCCUUUCAUUCAUUGUUUGCUUUCAUUCUGAGCCAUUGUUGUGGGAAUUAUUGCAAAUGCUUGACUUUAUUGUUUUACUGUAAAGUGUGUUGUGAUUUUAAAUGCACUUUAAAUACAGUUUGUUUUGAUCUGA